AUCAGCCGCGACUGAAAAACAUCCAGCUCAGCUCAGCAGGGAAAGGAGCCAUAUGGAGUGAAAGUCAUCGCCGUCUGAGGUAUCCAUGGAAUUGACCAACUGAAUUCAUCUCAAAACCUGCUGUUCAGGAUCAUACAGAACUACCAAAAGAGUAUAAUAAUGUCAGAGAGGAUUGACAGAUCCCAAAGUGUACCAGACACCGACUUGAUCAGCUUCUCCCUUCCAUGAAAAUCUCUUCACUCCUCACAAUGCCAUCCAGAAGUGGAGAUCCUCCCAACAUCAGUACCUCAGUACUCAAUGACUUACUCAACUCCUCCUCUUCCUCCAGCACCACCCCACCUCCAUCUUGCAGCAUAGACGAAUCCUACAAGUACAUCUUCCUUCCCAUUUGUUACUCUUUCACAUUCCUCUUCAGCAUUUCCCUAAAUUCUAUCAUCCUCUACCGUUCCUUCCGCCGGACCAAGCGUUGGAAUGCGUCCCUGAUCUACAUGGUGAACCUGGCCUCCACAGACUUCAUGUAUGGCCUGUCACUGCCAUUCCUCGUGGCUAGUUACGUCAUGCAUGACCGAUGGGUCUUUGGGGACUUCAUGUGCCGCCUGGUCCGUUUUCUCUUCUACUUUAACCUGUACUGCUCCAUCUUCUUCCUCACUUGUAUAUCUGUCCACAGGUACUUCGGUAUCUGCCACCCAAUGAAAGUCAUCACACUAGAGACCAAGAAAGCUGUCAAGUCCACUUGUGUCGUAGUUUGGGUGAUAGUGUUUGCCUUGACCUGCCCUAUCUUCCGAUUUGCUCAGACUGGUCAUGUGACAAGAUUUGGAGGGCUUGGCGGCAAUGCAACUGGUAUUGACAACCCAAGCCACGAAGUGUCAUCCAUAAAUGGUAAUGCCAGCAAUAGUAACAUGGGAGGAGUCAUCGAGGAGUACCAGAACUGUUGGGACGACGCCAUCGAUAAGGAGUUCCCUGAUUACGUGCCCUAUGGCAUGAUUCUCCAUUUGCUGGGAUUUUUUCUGCCUUUUUCCAUAAUUGCUUGGUGUUACUCUCACGUUGUUCUGACCAUAUUUAGGACUCUGCAUUCACAACCUUCGUCCUUCAGAGAUCGGCGAGAGAGAGGAAAUGGAGGGAUAGAGAGAAGCAGCCUUUCAACAGUUGCCAGAGGAAAAAGAGGAAGCAAUGGACUGUCGAGGACAUUUGGAAGAGGUGAAGGGACUUCAAUUUUCCUUGGUGCCCACUCUCCUUAUGCCAAUCGCAGACGGAAAUCUAUCAGGACCAUCAUUACCAUUACCCUCCUCUUUGCUCUGUGUUUCUUCCCUUUUCAUGUUACUAGAACCAUCUUCCUCCUGCUGAAAGUAACCAAGGGAGUCCCCUGCCACACCAUGACCAUGGUCUCCAUGUGCUACAAGAUCACUAGGCCUUUGGCCUCAUUCAACGCAUGGCUGAACGCCCUCCUUUACUUCCUUACUAAAGACAAGGGGGGAGGUCACUGUUGCCCGGCGGUCAACACCAACACUCAUCAUCAUGGUGGACUCCUAUUGCCCCUGAGGGUGAUGGGAAAAAGAGAGCACACAGAGGAGGGAAGGCUGGAAGACAGAAUUGACAAUAAGCAGAAUAAAGAAUUUCACAACAGUCCAUCAUACAUAAACAGAGCGAAAAUCAGAUAUAUAAUUGAGUGAGUGUUUUCAUGGGGAAUUAAAUCAAUAAUUGUAGAUGCACUGUAGAUGAUUUUUACUUUUAUAAUAUACUUUAUAAGAAGACCCAAGCAAGAAUUCUAAUAUGCCUUCUAUGUUUAAUUGUAUGCGCCAAAUGCUGAUCUGCUACAGGUUUGACGUUACCCAGUGUAGAUGCAGCAUGUAGGCAAGGGUGAUAGACUGUAAUCUGUAUUUUAGAAACUAUAUUGGGAAGAACAUAGAAAGUGUAUUGCACAAUAUGAAAUCAAACCACGUCUAAAGAGAAAAGUGUUUCUACUGGUUAUGUUA